UGCGUGCGCAGUGUAGGUGUAAACUGGAGAGAAAACAGGACCGUACGGGGACGUACUGCGAAAUCUCCACAGAAAUGGACGGCAUCAGCGAUGUUGUAGUUGGAGUGAAGAGAGGAUCAGACGAGCUGAGUAUGUACAACAGUCCCAACUCUGGCAUGAGCAGUAUCAGUGAUGGGGCUUCCAAUGGCAGUGACAGUAAAAAGCUCAGGGUGGAGGAGGCCCCUCCAUCUCGUGUUCUCCACAUCAGGAAGCUGCCCAACGAGGCCUCAGAGACUGAAGUCAUCGCCCUCGGCUUGCCUUUUGGCAAAGUCACCAAUAUCCUCACGCUAAAGGGAAAGAACCAGGCAUUCUUAGAGAUGGGGACAGAGGAGGCAGCCAUCACUAUGGUUAACUACUACACUACAGUAACUCCUCACAUCCGCAAUAUUCCUGUCUUUAUUCAGUACUCCAAUCACAAAGAACUCAAAACUGAUGCUGGCAAUCAGCGGACCCAGGCAGUUCUUCAGGCCGUGUCAGCAGUCCAGUCUGGUGGGUCACCAAGCUCAGAUGUUCAGGAAGCUCUCGCUGCAGCCUCCAGUCCUGUGCUGCGGAUCAUCAUCGACAACAUGUUCUACCCUGUAACGCUGGAUGUACUGCAACAGAUUUUCUCCAAGUUUGGCACGGUCAUGAAGAUAAUCACAUUUACCAAGAACAAUCAGUUCCAGGCCCUUCUGCAGUUCAGUGAUCCUGUCAAUGCACAGCAGGCCAAACUGGCACUUGAUGGCCAGAACAUCUACAACUCCUGUUGCACGCUGCGUAUUGACUUUUCCAAGCUGGUUAACCUAAAUGUCAAGUACAACAACGAUAAGAGUCGUGACUACACGCGACCCGAGCUUCCUGCUGGUGACGGCCAGCCCAGCCUCGACCCCACGGUGGCCGCUGCCUUUAGCAAAGACUCCAACUCCCUCCUCGGUAAGAUCCCAGGAGCCCUGAACCCUCUAAGCGCGGCAGCAGCGGCUGCCGCUGCAGCAGGGAGGGUGGCCCUCGCUGGACAGACAGGGUCCAGUGGGGUCCUGCUGGUCAGCAACCUCAACGAGGAGAUGGUUACGCCCCAAAGUCUGUUUACCCUCUUCGGAGUAUAUGGGGAUGUCCAGAGGGUGAAAAUUCUUUACAAUAAGAAGGACAGCGCUCUCAUUCAGAUGUCAGAUGCCAACCAGGCCCAGCUAGCAAUGAGCCACCUGAAUGGCCAAAAGAUGUACGGCAAGAUCAUCCGGGUGACGCUGUCUAAGCACCAGACGGUGGCACUGCCUCGUGACGGCCUGGAUGACCAGGGCCUGACCAAGGACUAUGCCAAUUCCCCGCUGCAUCGCUUCAAGAAACCUGGAUCCAAAAACUUCCAGAACAUCUUUCCGCCCUCUGCCACCCUCCACCUCUCCAAUAUCCCACAAGAUGUGACGGAGGAUGACCUGCGGCUUCUCUUCUCCAACGCUGGAGGCACUGUGAAAGCAUUCAAGUUUUUCCAGGAUCGCAAAAUGGCUUUGAUCCAGAUGUCAACAGUGGAGGAAGCUAUACAGGCCUUGAUUGACCUUCACAACUACAACAUGGGAGGCAACCAGCACCUGAGAGUCUCCUUCUCCAAGUCCACAAUUUGAGAAUGUGACCCACAAACUCCUAACAGUACCAGCGUUUACUGUUUUGGAGCCAGUCCGCAACCUUUCAGACUGUGUCUGGACACUGGGGGGGACCACAGUGAUUCAAUCAGUUUUUGUCGUUGGGGUUUUGUUGAUCCUGUCAUUCCGUGAGAGACACUGAAAUCUUUGACUUGUAUCCUUCUUUUUUUUCUUUUCUUUUUUUUUUUUUUGAAAGACAACACUUGAGUAUGUUGCAGAUACUGGAUCCUCCCAGCUAUUCUUAACUGUACCUCUGUAUUUUUAUGUCAAAAUAUUGACAUGAUUGAUUGUCCCUCUAUGAUAGUUUGAUGUAGAUCAGUGUUUAUUUCUUGAUUUAGCAGAAAAGAUACAGUACUUAUGUGCCUUACUUGACAUUAUCAGCUGUUUAUACAGACGGACAUUUUCAUUAAUACCCUUCUAUGCUUUUGAGGCACAUUGGUAUUGGAUAAUUUUUGGGGGGUUGGAGAGAAUGCAAGCUGUUUUGUCAUCCUCUAGACAUCACAGUUUUUGAAGCUCUGCCACCAACCAGGCGUAGCUUUUUUUGUUUUGUUCCAGAGUUUUAGAUUCAUAACAUUUUCCUUUUUAGUUUAGCAGCAGGAGAGAGGAAUAUUCCUGAGGCAACAUUUUUAGAGUUUUUACAGCAGACUGUGACAGGCAGUUUAACUUGAAUUCCAUUAUUCCACAAGUAUGUUCAGUGUAUGAUUGUUCUCCCCCCAGUUUGGGCAUCACAAUUCAUGCUAAGAUAAACUAUCAUAACGUGGCUCAUGGCAAAGUAUUUCUUUAUCUGUGUUUUUGAAGCCUUCCAUGCUUUUUCCAUAUCAGUGAGGUGUAAUUGUCAGUGACAAUGGUUUUCUGAGCAUGUAUAGUGACAAUAGGAUCUCACAUCAGAAAGUGUUGCAUGCUGUGGAAGCAGAUAGAAGAUGAGUUCCCACUGUGAUUUCAUUGUCAUGUGACAGUUUUACUUGAGAGGGCUACUCAGUUGGACCAAAGUUUCUGUGCCUUUAGUGUUCCUUUAAUUCCUUUUAACACAAAGAAAAAAGCAUUAGAAAACACGAAAAUGCCCAAUGCCCAAGUGUCGAGUAAAUUCCCUCGUUUUUUUUUUUUUUUUGAUACAAUAAGACCUCUUGUGAGGUGUUUGCUCAGAAAUAAUAGUUAUGUAUAUUUUUUCCUCUAAGUCUGGUUUUAUACAGCUCAAAAUGUAACGAUUUGGUAUAGUUCUGAAGAGGCACAAUUAAAGGAUGAAUUAUUUUCUAACAAGGGGAGGUGCGACUUGGUUUCCUGCUUUUUGAGUUUUCCCUCUCAUGGUCUCUCGUGUAUUCUGCAUUACCUCUGUAGCAUGCCUAAUAAAACUCUUCUGUAGCUCUGCAUUCACCUCCUCUGUCUCUCUUCUUCUCUGAUCUGUCCGUUCCACUCGCUUCUGAAACCAUCUCAGUCCCAGGGUGGGAAGAAAGCCAAAAUCCAUUUUGGAGCCACUUGAACACAAGCUCUAAUAAGCCAGAUUGAGCCCUCUGAUGGUGCUAAUUCACAGGACAAGAAGUACAUUUUCUUGAUGCGUUUCCCACCCUGCCAACUGACACAGUCUAUCCCUCUGAUGUCUUGCUUUUCUCUCCUCUGGUAGGUGCCUAUUUUCUAAUCAGUCUCUAAGGGUUUCUGCUCUCCUGACAAUCUGUCUGAUCUAUCUACUUGCUCUCACACCUUUAUCAAUUACAUAAAUGGCCUCAGUUGUCAUUUUUCCAAGCUUUCUGCAUGUUAUGCUAAUGCCAGUUUUGGAGCAUCUUUGAGUAACACUGCUACAGGCACAGGCAUAGAUAAUGUGAUGUGUUAAGCCAAUGAAAUUCUGGAGAAUGCAACAGAGCACCAGGAUGGGAUGCUUUUCUGGAUCUCAGUUGUUCUGGUCACAGCUUUGGUCUGUAAGAAAGUAAAUGACUGACCUUAACCGUUAGCCAGUCCUUAAAAAAUCUUAACACUUCUUAACACACAGCAGCUGCUGUGGAGGAAGAACAGAUGUCUUUAUUUGACUCAAAGGAUAAUACCAACUUAUCUUUGCUCCCAUUUACAACCUUAUUUUUUUUAUGAUGAAUCGGUACUGUAAUUAAUGCACUUGCUACAGCCCGAAGCUUAUGCUAUGUUGUAGUUGCAGUUUGACAGAACUCCAAGUACAUACACUCCCAUUGGUUUCCAAAAAUCCUUUUAAAGGACAGAGAUGUAUUGCUAGGUGUCAUUUAAAUAUGCCCCCUCCCACCCUGGGCUCUUAGUUACAAUUGAGGACUAUUAAAAGGAGGACAAUUAAAAACCAACACUUGGUGGAUGCGUUAUAUAUUAUGACUCCAGGUUCAAUAUGUUUGAGUUUUGGGUGGUGUGGUGGUGGCACUGUCACGUCACAGCUUUGAACCUGCAGGGCAGCUAGGGCCUUUCUGGGUGGGGUUUGCAAGUUUUUCCCUGUGUGGAUUUCCCCUGGGAGCUCCAGUUUCCUCCCACAGUCUGAAGACUCAAAAUUUUCCAUAGUUGUGAAUUAUUGUAAGUCCAGUUGUUGUAACCCACGGAAAGUUAUCAAAAAUGUGGCAGUUCACCUCAGCUUUACAGAUAUGUUUUCUCAGAAGAUGGCAGAGACUAAACUAGAAAUAAAAGAAUGAAUAUUGGAUUUACAUUCAUCAGGAGGACAAACAUAACCACAAAUGCAAAAUGCAAAUGCAAAUGUUGGUCUGUGUCAUGUGUAAAUAGACCUAUUUGCUGAUAUGUUAGCCAUGUCAGCUUUGUGAUAAUAUGUCAAUACUUUGUUUACAGCUGGUUGCAGUGGUCCAAAAUGGCCAAAAAAAAAUCAAUUAAAGGGGAACUUCAAAGAUUUAACAUAAAGUGUGUUCCCCUGUAUUGGGGAGUACUACUGCACAUUGGAAGAAAGUUAUAUAAAACCGUUUGCGUCUCCAGGUGGAGCAGCAAUCAGUCACAUGCUUUCUCAUCA